AAAAAGUGUUGCAGUCGGCGACUACGUGCGAGCAUCUUCCGACAGGGUGUAGUUCUCGGAUCACGAGCUUACAAUGUAACGAUGCUUUCUUGAGUGAAUGAAUCAAACAUUGCGACGGCUCGAAAGCUGCACCUCGAAAUGCAAGCCUUGACGGGGCCCGGUCGUGCCGUUGGCGGAGCUCUAUCAACGACUUUGAGUUACUGAUCAAUACCCCACAGUUCCGACGAGGAGGCUUCCUUAUCAACGCUUUCUCACCCCAGUUCGCGCCUAGAAUGGCACGUCGCGGGCCUGCUUCGGCUUUCGAAAGCGAAACCUUUGGCCAAGAUGCAUCUUUCAGGCUCGAACAACCCGUCGGGUCAAUGACCAUUUCCCCAAGUGGUCGCGAUGUUGCGCUGGCCUCUAAGGAAGGACUGCAUAUCAUCGACCUCGAUUCACCGUAUUCUCCGCCCCGCUACCUACCGCACAGGACUCCCUGGGAGGUUGCUGAUGUUCAGUGGUCACCCUUUGCGGUGCGUGACUAUUGGGUUAUUAGCACCUCAAAUCAAAAAGCUCUCGUUUGGAACCUGGAAGCACACUCAUGGCAAGAUUCCAUCGAAUUCGUCCUUCACGGUCAUACUAGGGCAAUCACCGACAUCAACUUCUCCGCGCACAACCCCGACGUCCUUGCCACUUGCGCGGUCGACAGUUUUGUACAUUGCUGGGAUCUAAGAGCUCCUGCGCGACCGGUGCACUCUUUUUCAGAUUGGUUCGCUGGAGCCACCCAGGUAAAAUGGAAUCGACAAGAUGAGCAUGUUAUUGCCAGCUCUCACGAUAAAUAUCUUCACGUCUGGGAUGUCAGGAAAGGCGCAUACCCGUUGCGGACAAUCCAAGCACAUGGCACGAAGAUCUAUGGCAUUGACUGGAAUCGCUUCCAGCAGAACAAGAUUGUGACUUGUUCUCUGGACAGGACGAUCAAGUUCUGGGACCUAGACAACCAGGAGGAUAUGCCGGAGCGCAUCAUCGAGACUCCUUUCCCCGUCUGGAGGGCACGUCACACCCCGUUUGGAUGGGGUCUUCUGGUCAUGCCUCAGCGUGGGAACAGCGAUCUAUACAUGUACGAUCGUCGCGCGAUCAAUGGCGUGCUCGAGAGCGGACCUGUGCGCGCAGUGGCAACAUUCCCUGGGCACGAAGGACAAGUGAAGGAGUUCUUGUGGCGAGCUAGAGGCUCGAUCGAGAACGGCGUGGAUAACAGAGAUUUCCAGCUGGUCACUUGGGGUACAGAUAGGGAGUUGAAGUUGCACGCUCUGGAGCCUGACACAUACACGGACAUUGGUUACGAGAAAGGCAUAACGAGGUCGCAACGACUGAAUCUGACCCGGAAAGGCGCUGUCUACAGGACCUUUCGUGAUGAACCAGAAGACGCCGAAUCACCAAUGGAACAGACCCCCCGCAGUGAGAUGUUCUCCCGUCACAGCCAUUUGAUGCCGUUCCGUCCCCGAUCUAGCACAAGUGUGGGCAUGAACAAGAUGCCCGUCUCACAAUUCCGAGGAUGGGUGCAGGGUGGUCGCCAACCACCAAAAUCAGCCAUGCAUGGUCGUGGUAACAAUAGACAGAGCGCGGAUCCCAUUGCAUGGCUGAAGAAUGUCAAGAUAUCGUCUUGGGACCCUGACACCCUGGCUGAGGAGAUCCGCCACGUAGGAGAGAAGUUCAAAAGGGUGGAUUUUGAAGUCGUUGACAUAUCACAUCGGAAAGCUGUGAUGUCCCUUCAAGCUCCAUGGGGAGAGGAUCAGAGUCAGGUCUUCCUCAGACUUGAGAUGCGCUUCCCCAAAUUGUAUCCUCGGAGUGCUAACGCUGUUCUCAGCCUGCAGAAGUCUGGAUUUGUGGACGAGGCUACACACAAAAUGAUUAGUACCGAGCUGCAUACCAUUUCCGAGACAUAUGCAUCAAGAAAACGAGGUUGCCUCGAGGCCGUUUUGCGAUAUCUAUUACGGGAACAGAACCUAGAGCAGAUUGUCUCAUGGGUUCUUGGGGAGUCUCUAUCAGACUCAAAAAUCUUGGACCCAUCCUUGGACCCCGGCGCCGUCCCAGCCGAUGAAUCAAGCAGUGAUGACGACGACCCGUUAGUUGAUGGCGCUCGAGACAGAUUGGAAGCAUCGGCAAACAUUAUGGUGCCACUUGCCAAAGGUUGUGGUGCUCUGUGGUCGGAUACUGGAAAGCUCGUCUGCUUCUUUCCGACUAAAUCGAAGGAGCCAGUUUCGUUCCUCAGUACCCUUGGUGUAAAAGACCUAGAGGAAUCAGAUUCAAAGAGGCUGUUUGAAGGAUUCGGGCGCCUGCAUACUAGCUCACCUGCACGAAAGGCGGCUAAAACCAGUGACAACGACUCUGACUCUGACACCUCAGAUUCAUCCAGGAGAUCAUCUAGCAGCUCUUCGUCCUCUCUUGAGACCGACCACCACGCUCGUGGAGCCUCUUCUUAUCUGAUUGGCGCAUCCGGCAGACACCAGCGUUCGCGGUCCCCUGACCGUUCAAAUCAGUCGACUACUGGGGGUCCAAAACUGAACGAGGCUCCUCGCACAACAACAGUGUCAAUUCAUACCUUUGAUGACCUGAUCCCGUCCAAACGUCGACUGGCAGUGGGGUACAAGAUUAUGGGCGAUGGCAAGGAAGUCUGCGAGAAUAAUGCAGAUGUCGCUCUAAAUGCUGGUCUCGAAGACUUAGCUUCCGCAUGGACCUUGUUGGGCCUCGUGUUGGAAGAUGCUGUCCCUUUGGCGCUUCUCUCGGAUUCGAGACAUACUGCACUCGAUGACAUAACCGUCAUAGCACGCACUGCGACAACGCUUCUGCGGCAAGGACGUGGCGUUGGUGGCAAACCCGAAGGUGAUGCAUUUGGGAGGAUAAAGUGGGGAAAUCAUCCUCUAGGCUCGACAUACCUCCUUCCGGCAAUCUUUGACCACUUUGAAAGACUAGCAGAUGUCCAAAUGCUGGCCAUGAUGUCUUGUGUACUUGUGUCCACUCUCAAUCAUGGCACAAUACCUGGUGAUGCCACUCUUGAGCAGCAAACUGGAAAGAGGGGUCUCGCUCUUCCUCGAUCGGAUUACUAUCCUUCCAGGGCUGUCGCCAAAGCAACUCUCCAGGAAGAAAUUGACCCAGAAGGCUACGUCCUGGUUGAUACUGCCAACCUUUUUGUGAACUCCAGUACUCAGACAUCAGGUAGUGCCCAGGGGUUCAAUGCUCAGCGCUUACUACUCAGCAACCUUGGUCGUCAAGAUAGCGGGCUAUCCUCUCGUGCACCAAGCUUCAGGGGCGACGAAGGUCCGCACUCCGCAACGAUUUCCGUUUCCACGUCUCCUGAGGGCAACACACUUGGCCUUCGAGGAGGGUCCAGUGGCGAGUACUCGUCAGCGCGAGCAAGCCUAUCUGCGCUGACACAGCAGUCGUACUCAAAUUCUCCACCAAACCAAUUUCCUGCUGCAGCCAGCGCGUCAGGGUUGAAGAAGUACAGCCCUUCCGGAUCUUUGACACCUGGUUGGGUAUCUACAGGUAUUUUUGGAGGUCAGGCCGGCAACAGAUCCUCGCGAAGGUCUUUCCAUAGCAGCGAGGCUGCAAGUCAGGAAAGCCAUGGUACGAACGUUCGAUCGUCACUCUCAUCAGGAGCUUUACGGCAUUCACAGAAGAAUGGCGGUCAAGGAUCAGCCGCUAGCCGCCGCAGCACGAGAACUGUGACGACAGCCACCACAUUGGAGCAGGCACAGCAGAGAAAGCCAGCACGACGUAAAAAGAUCAAGACCCACCUCUUCAAUCAGCACAAAUUCGAUCUGGAUGGGUAUCCAGAGUCACCGAGUAUGGAUCCUGGGCUGAGUAGCAAAUGCAGCGCAUAUCGAGCGUCUUAUGCGCAUCUGCUUGAUGUCUGGCAGCUGUUCGUCCAGCGUGCCGAGGUACUGAAAUUUGAUGGUCUUGAAUUCGACACUACCCAAUACCGAGCCUCCAACGAAGAGAACGCAACCACCAAUGGAUUAGCCAGUGCUCAAUAUCAGGAACGGCUGACAAGGAAGACUACAACGUCCACUUCUCGAGCUCCAAGCCCAGCUUUGAACGUCAAAAGAUGCUGUCGAAGUUGUGGAGAGCCGCUGGGUGCUAUUGAGAAAAACGGCAUACCUAUAGCAUGGCAAUGUGUAAACCAGGAAAGUCACUCAGGAGCGACAUCGAAGAUACCCUCAAACAGCGCGUGUUCAAUUUGCGAUGUAUCAGUACAAGGACUUGCAGUGCCUUGCUUGGAGUGCGGCCACAUGACAUGCUACGACUGUGCCACUGGGUGGUUUGGCUCAGAACGGAUGAAAAGGUACGCAUCGAGGAGGUCAUCAGCAGAACGUCGCGGGUCUCCCAGCAAAGACGGUUCUCGAGAGAUCGAAGAAAGCGAUGAUGAUGUCCACAAUACCUGUCCCACAGGUUGCGGCUGUCCUUGCGCGACAUUGACGACUAUCAAGGUUCCGCACCCACCAAUUGAAGUUGGACUUGAUCCCCAGAAUUUGCAUCCGCCUCUUAUGAAUCGCCCAAGCAAGAAGAACACUACCGGCAUGCAACGGUCUUCCAGCGAUUUGGCGACUGCAGACUAUGGUGCUGACACCGCUCUUGCGGCAUUCCUUGCGCUCACUCAACCUCAUCAACGGUCAAAGUCUGUAACUGUGGCGCGCGGCAAGGCCUCGUCAGUUUCCGCGCCACGGGCCCAUGAGGCUGCUGGUAUGCACAAUCAGGCUGACACCGGCACAAACGGGGUCGAACUUCCACUUGGUGAUGAUUUCGACGCGGCGCUGACCGAGGACGAUGUUCAUCUCAACCCAUGGGCGGCAAUCAAAUCGGGCACACUGGGCCGGGGGAUUGGAGCUGGGCUGAGUCGUGGACUGAGUUCGAAAGGAAGUGAUGCCACAAUUCGGAAGAUCAAAUGAGGUGUAGUAUGGUAAACUUCAAACGUACGGAUACUGAGAUACCCAAGAAAUGUGUAUGAAUAUGCUAUCGUGAAUACUGUCCUUUUCUCCUUGUACGGAGUCGUCGGAAGAAGACUAUACGAGUCAUGACAGAUAUGCUUAUGUCAGAUUCCACGG